AUGGAAGCACUGCAGUGGAUUCUCUCAGCUGGGACCAGUUUCUUCAAAGGGAUCCAUCUGAGCAACGACCUGGAGCGCCUCCGAGCCACCUUGCCCAAGGCUCGCAUGCUCAUCUGUCGCAGCGAGUGGGGCAUGUUCAAGGACAAGCAGCUCGCGAAGCUUCUCUCGCAUCUCAAGGACACCACCUACUAUGCAGAGGACCUUCUCCGCCAGUUGGAUGACCAAGUGUUGCGGCAAAGGAUAGAGGACGCUAAUCGGAGCAGGGCAGGAAGGAUAAAGGAGACCCAAGAUAAGCUCGACAAGGUUGUGGCUGAGAUCGAGGGGAUGCUCAAUCUUAUGGGUCUUAUGAGCGUUGAGCCAUCUCAGAUCAUGCCGGAGACGAGUUCAGUCAUCAGUGCUCUGGAAGUGGUUGGUCGUGAAGCUGAAAGAAAUCAAUUGAUCGAGAUGCUUGGUGUGAUGAUUGGGCGUGAGACCCAACGGGAUCAGGUGGUCAAACUAUUGGGAGUGCCACUCACUAGGGGUAGGAGGUCUGCAGGGUCCAACGGAAAGAGAGCAGCAGCUGGUAGUGGUGUCGCAUCAACAUCCAGAGCCAAGCAAUCGAGAGGAAACAGUGGCAGGGCUGGACAUGCUGAGAUGAACUGCAAAAGCAAUGUUUCUGUCAUCCCAAUUGUCGGCGUUGGCGGGGUGGGGAAGACCACCCUGGCUCAGUAUAUCUACAAUGACCCAAGGGUGAAAAACCACUUUAGUGUGAUAAUAUGGGUCUGUGUGUCAGACUUCUUUGACAAGAAAAGGAUAACAAGGGAGAUCAUUGAAUCCAUCCCCGGGGAGGAAUUCAACCCAUCAUCAUCGUGCAGUCUAGAUGCUCUUCAUGUGAAAUUGAUGGAUCGGCUGAAGAGGUGCCCGAAAUUCCUUUUGGUGUUAGAUUACUGCAGACGGCCAUGCAAUGCAGCGCGAAUCAAAACGUUCACUCAAGGUUUCAUAUAUGCAAGCAUGGGUCCUCAUAAGCGUGUCCUUGCGCGGGUACUCGUCCGGCAGCCAUUUUCCGCGUACACCGCGUGUGUCGAGGCCCGAGGUCAUGCUAUGCGGCCCACGUAG